UAAUAAUAAUAAAAAUGAACAGAUUGCCUUAAUUAGAGGUUACUAUCAACUUCAAAUUCUCAAAAAAGUUACGAUCAUGAAUUUGCAAUUAGGUUUUUUGAUAAAUUUUGGUAUUUUUUCGUUUGUGGCCUGCCAGAAAUAUAUUGAGUACCCCCACUACCCGUGCACCGUCGGUAAAGUAGUCGAGAACGAGUGUAACUACUGCAUUUGUAACAACAAGUUUGUCUUUGAAUGUUACGACAAACUCCACUGCCAUGUUUCAGAGCAACCAGAAAGAAACCAAGACGAACAGCAGUGUCAACCGAGAGUGGUUUACGUCCGGGAGGACGUUGUGUGCAUAUGCAACAAACGCGGCAGGUGGCCUCAUGCCAAGUGCGACAAGGCCUUCCAAUCCUUCAACCAGAAUAAUACAGCUAUACAACGAUGCGAACCCAAUUCUUACGUAAAGGUCGACUGUAACAUGUGCCGCUGCGAUUCCAAUGGGCAAAUCGACAAAGAAUAUUGCACCAAAAACAACUGCACUGAAAUACACGUGAAGACCGCACGGAAAUCCCUGUCAUUGCCGCAAUCCGUACACGGACACUGCGAACCCAGUAACUGGUACUCUCUAGCUCCAUGCCAAUUCUGCUUUUGCAUAAACACAAACAAAUUAGUCUGCAACACAGCAGACUUUUACGUCAACAAAUUGCAACUUGGAAAAUAUAAUUUGAAUGUAUGCGGGAAAGAACUCAUCAAAGAAGCUAUAGAACUUAUACCAACUGACUCAUUGGAUAAUAGUCUUAGGGGUAAUAACGAUAAAAAAGUUUUCACUACUACAUUUUUGCCUCCGGUAACUAGAUUGUCUACUAAAGCCACAACAAAGAGUAACGGCGUUAAUAACUUGCCCAUGGUUGUACGAGAAGUAAUCACUCACAAAAAAGUCGAUGAACUGGAUGGAUCAACUGAAUAUUAUGAUGACGAAGGAAAAUUAGACACUCCAAAAACGAAUCUUGCUAUAACCGAAGUAAAACCUGAAACUGUCGAUAAUAUUAUUGAAAAAGAAAGUACGAUAAUGGGCGACAAUAAAAAUGUUGAGUAUGAGGAAGAAGACAACGAAAAUUUUGAUUCGAGAUCUUCCAAAUAUGCUAAUGUAAAACCUAAUACUGCGAACCCUGCUAUAAAUGUUGAUCAAAUCAUAAUAAACGUUGACAAACCGCUUAAUAAAACUCAGCAUCAAAAACUUACGGGAGACCGGAAAACUAAGGAUAAUUAUGUUUUGGAUGUUUUUGUGCCAAACGUGUUGGAAUCAUUGUUUAACAUGCAAAUGAGGAAAUCCAUGGUAAAGGUGGACGUUGAUAGUGACUGCUUCCCUGGCACUAAGGAAACUGUGGGCUGCAACACCUGUUUCUGCCUGAAUAAUGGUAAAAAACUUUGUACCGACAAAGUUUGCCAAUAAACACAAUUGAAUUA